GACGACGGUUGUCACUUUGACGUUACAUCGACGCCAUUUUUGAUGCUACAUCUGCACUUGGCUGUUCUGAAAGCGUUUUUUUCCUAUCCUUUAUUGCAAUUCUUGAACCUGCCACCAUGAAUGCGAGCACUUAUGUUCAAGUUGAUCGGAUGAUCUGGUUCCUCCAGCCUCUGUCCCAACUGACUUAUCAAGCCCCUUGCCAUCAACCCACUUCAAAGUCCCUGACCAUCCCUGCCCACUUGUCUCACCUGCCCGUCCCACAGACCCUUCGCCCCAGCACUGUCCCUUCUGUGUCCCUCACUAUCGCUGGUCAGUACAUCGUGGACGACACUGACUUUGUUGAAGUAGAUCUCGUGGAUGAGGAGAUCAUCCAGCCAACCCACUCCUUCCUGAAGGCCUUGCUAUCCAGGGUGGCCAACUUCUUCAGAAGAGUCAAGAGUGUGUUUAAGAAGAAGGAUGAUUAG